AUGCAUACUCAAGGACGUCCAGACGAUGCCUGCGCACAGGAUACGCUCCUCCAAACCUGUCUCCACACGGGUCUCUACACGGGUCUCCCUACGGGUCUCCCUACGGGUCUCCCUACGGGUCUCCCUACGGGUCUCCACACGGGUCUCCCUACGGGUCUCCACACGGGUCUCCACACGGGUCUCCACAUGGGUCUCCCCGUAACAGACUACGGUCUCCCCAUGCGUUUCCAGAUGCGGCUGUUGCGCACGGUGCGCGUCAUGUCCGUGUGCCUGGCGCUGCUGCUGUGUUUGGUGCUGGCCAUUCUGACGCUACUGCUGUUUGGAUCAGCUGGAUCCGCUGGAUCCGCUGGAUCCGCCGGGCGCCUUCACGGCAGAACGGAGCUUGGAGGUGUUCCCAGUUUACCCGAGGCUCAGCAUGAGAAGCUCCAGGCGGACAGUGUUUCGUCACUGCCCAGUGCCCUGUUGGCAAUUUCUUCAGAGUGUUGCUCUGGCCCUAAGUUCUCGAACAAUGGGGUCGGUCACAUUCUAGGAGGCAUGGCGCUGUCCAAUGGAAACCUGAGCGUGCCCAGUGACGGCCUGUACAGGCUGUACCUGCAGGUCACCUUCGACUUCGAUCAGUGUGACUCAUGUCACAUCAAGGAAAUGUGCGUCGACGACUUCCUGCAGCUGAAGAUCUCUGUGGAGCGCUACGCUGGCAGCUACAGGGACUUCAGGACGCUGCUGGAGAGCCAGGAUACCAUGAGCUGCAAACACGACUGGACUAAGUCUAUAAGCACCAGUGGGACCUUCAGGUUGGAUGAGAAGACUGUGCUGAGAGUGAAGCUGCAGCAUCAGCACCUGGUCGACACAUACGAGACUAAAACCUUCUUUGGGGCUGAGCUCAUCCCUGGAACUGACGCACAGCACCAACUAUAA